AUGCCUCCCCACCAUCUGAUUUUGGUAUUCUUGUGCAUUGUCGGCCUACCGACUGUCUUGACAUUCUUUUCCCUCCUACAUUCAAAUCCAAGGGGCCAGAUAGCAACAGAAUCAACCUCCGACACGCCAAAAAGUGGCCUCCGCGCUCUGUUCUCCUUCCACACGCCGUCUACUCUCUUCCCGCCUUCAGCCAUCAUCAGCCUCACAGACGACAACUCAACAUUCUUCCUUGCUCGACCUGCCGAUUUUGGCCCUUCUCUUUCAGGAAAUGGCCUGAGUGGGCAGCUUUGGAUCGGCAGCGGUUUUGGUGAUGAUAAUUUAGGAAGAGGAGGCCCUGGCGCAGGCGCAGAAGGCGAGCUUGGGUGCAGCGAUGUACCCGGCUGGGAAGGCGGCAUUCAGCAGCAUCGUAGAGAUACCAGCGCCGACCAGACCUCUGUUGCUCACAGUGGCGACGAGGCCAAUGCUGCUCAGCAGAAGAAUGGUGGGGGUUCACCACUCGAAGUAGUAUCCGACGAUGCCGAAGAGCCUUCUGAGGCUGACGGCACUGACGACCACCUACACCACCCUCUCCCUUCAUCACCCGUCUCGAAGCCUUCGGGGCCCGGACGACCUGCUCAGCACCAGGCGGCUCAAGUGGGGCAACCUUCUACACAUGCAGAUAUACAGUCGCUGCAGGAAAGUGCUGAGAUAUCCGGAAAGAUUGUAUUGCUGAGUCGCGGCGGCUGUGGUUUUUUGGAAAAAGUCAAAUGGGCACAGCGGCGAGGUGGCAGCGCUCUCAUUGUGGGUGACCAUACCCGCGGUGGCGCACUUGUCACAAUGUACGCACGAGGAGACACAUCCAAUGUCACGAUUCCGUCGCUGUUCACGUCACAUACUACUGCUCAUCUGCUUUCAUCCCUCAUUCCUCCUGAGAGCCCUGUGGAUGAGUCUGAAUCAGAGGACACAAUAACUGGACCAGGAUCCAGUGCUGGUGCUAAGAAGGAGGGUUCAAAGACUAGAGCUGACGUUGACGGACCUACCUUCACACCUGCGUCCGGUCCAAAGUCGACCUCAACACCGUCGAGAUCUUCUAAGGGAAAGAAUGCGAAGUCUUCGGGAAAAAACGGAAAAUUGCAGCCAAAGGAAAAGCCGAGCUGGCUAAGAUCCCUCGCGUCUAGUCUGGGAAUGGGUAGGGAGAAUUAUGCUCCUGGAACGCUGGAGGACAGUCGGCGACCGCCAAGCAGUGGCCGCCUCGACUGGUUUAGUGAGAAACUGACUGACGAAUCACCCAAAGAAAAAGCGACGAACUCAAAAGAAAAGAAUGGGAAAGCUAAAGGCCAAAGCAAAAGCGAGCCAUUCGGAAAAGUCACCAAAGAUACCAAGAAGUAUUCUUCACAUCCCGGUUCUAGCGAUGAUUUUGUUAUUGGCGUUCAGGAUUGGCGCGACCCAGAUCUUGUAGCAGCGAAGCCUUCCGCCAAAACGAAGAGCACUACGACCACUCGAGCUUCUGCAGCAACUCCCGUGCCAUCGAAAGGAUCUGGGAAGGCGGGUGAUUCAGCCGAUGAGAAGCCAGGAAGCGCCCUAACAGGUGGCAGCAUCACGCCAGGUAGUGGACAAUACAACAAGCCAGGAAACAAGGCCGGAACUAGUGAUCAAUCCCAGAAAGCUGCAGCGAAAGACGAGAGCAAGAAAAUUGCCACCGGUUUGAAGAACCAAGCUGCAGCACAGGAAGCCAGUGUCAGCCAGCUUGACGCCGAGUCGGAUGAGGAACAUGAAGGACUGUGGGUCACUCUAACCCCAACGACUAUGUCUACAAGCCCUUUUUUCGAUACGCUGCUCGUUCUAGUAGUAAGCCCACUAGUCACUUUGACAGUUGUCUACGCUCUCCUGCUAUUGCGUUCAAGGAUCCGUCGACGGAGAUGGCGAGCGCCGAAAUCUGUGGUCGAUCGUCUUCCAAUACGGACAUACCAUACCAUGUCCUGCACUUCUACCACUUCGUCGACGCGGUUUGCUUCGCCUCAAAGCUCUUCGCCGACCUCUCCUCUCCUCCAGACGUGUCCUCGGACUGUCACAGCUCGUUCGAGACCACGUUCAGCGACGGCAUCGGGUAUUGGGGACGCUGUCUCUGCGUCUCUGGAACGAGCUAGUGCAAAGGUAUCCACAGCGCAGCUGGAGAAAGGCGCCAGUCUGAUUAAGCCUCACAAGAAAUACAAUGGCAAGCAAGUCGAGUGUGUGGUCUGUCUUGAGGAAUAUGUGGAUGGUGAAAGCAGAGUGAUGAGCCUACCGUGUGGCCAUGAGUUUCACGCCGAGUGCAUAACGCCUUGGCUUGUCACUCGCCGCCGAACGUGCCCUAUCUGCAAAGGGGACGUCGUUCGCUCGAUGACCAAUCCACCCUCGAGCACUACCACAUCUGCCGCUCACACACCAUACCACGACAAUGUCGAAGACGUCCAGGCACAGGCUGCUGAGACUACCAACGAAUCGCCUUCAGCCGCAAUUCCAAUCCCUCGUGAUACUGACCUGGAGCGCGGUGAUGAUAUGGCAGCUACUCUCGUCAACGACCAACCCGAAGCCUCGACCUCGAGGAGCAGCUGGAGGGGUCUCACAUCGCUUAGUCUAUCUGCGUUCAGCGGAGAGGCAGGGAGGAGACAACCGCAAGCCAACCGAGAUAGAUGA